AUGGUCAAUGGGAGCAAUCUCCUUCAAGCUUAUGGCGAUUUAGGCCAGACUAACAUGCAGGCUCCAUUCGACGCUAAGUUGACGGCAAACUUCAAUGUGUGCGCGGGCAGCUGCUUAUUUGAUAUCUGCUCAUCCGAUUCAGAAACCCAUGCCCGCCUAAUAACGUUUCCGACCAUGUUCAGUGAUGUUGCAGGCGGAGAUGUCACACCGAUCUAUUACGCUCAACGGCUUUCGGUGUGCAAAAAGCGCCAAGUGCAGAUCAAUACUACCUUUGGCCCAUAUUCGCGGGUACUUAUGUCAGCCCGCUCGUUGAAGGCAGCCAAUUGGUACGGCCUUAUUUCGUUUCUCGUCACUCGCAGCAACGUGUUGCGCAUAAUCCUUAUUCCGAAGAUGGUCGUGUCACGGAAGCUGAUAGCGCUCGCUAUCUCUUGUCUUCCUCUGCAAGUCACUGCUCACGUCCACGCUCGACAGAAUGAGCAGCCCCCGGCCGAUCUUUUGGAUCGUGCGAUCGCAGCGCUGGGUAUCAAUGGCAACACAACUAUUCAGACCAUUAGAGUGGGCGGCUCCCAGUACCGCCAACGUUCAGUCGUGCAGUCCGCGAGUCUCAAGGACACGGAUUCAGUUGUUAUCCCAUACGGUAGUCAAAGACUCACCUAUGAUUACACUGGCGAUGCUUUGAUUCAGCGUGUCGAUAGUGUUCACGGUUUGGGAUGGCUAAUGGCAUUUGCUCGGCCAAAUUUGGAGCCAAUGGAUUACUCCAUUGUAGUAAGAGGUGGUAACAAUGGGUUUGCUGCAGUUGUCAACGGUAGCUACUCUGUGUUUGCUCCUACUGCUCCUCCAGAGGGCUUGUUGGAUGGCUACAUAGCCCAGGUCAUGAUCCAUGACAGUUACAGAUGGAAUCCAUUGUUACUACAACAGAUCAAGAAUGCCAACAACUUCACCCUGCGCUAUGAGACGAUUGAGCAUGCCUUGCGCAUGCCCGCUGUGCAUGACCAGACUACUGGUCUCAGUGUCUUGAUCGAUCCAGACACCUAUCUUCCCCACGUUAUCCGCGCCUAUGAGAAUCACCUUUUCUUCGGAGAAUCUACAAACGAUCUUCGCGUCUACGACUACAAUUCCUACGACGGUGUCAUGAUCCCCCGCAAGUACAAGGUCAUCUACAACAAUGAUCGCUUCAUCACAGACUUCCUUGCCAACGACAUCGCCGUCAAUCCCCAGCUCGAGGCCGGAUUCUUUGACGCUCCCAACAACAUCACAGAACGCAACAUCCCCAUUGAGGACCCGAUGGCAACUGCUCAGAUUGUUGAGCAGCGCGCUAGCUACAUCUACUUUGGACGUUCUAACCCGACAGUUGCCGACUUGUCUGUUACCCAGCCGUUCCCAGAACUGCCCGGUGUGUGGGUUGCGCGACUACCUGAGAACUUCCGCUACCGCCAAAUCCUGCUUGAGAUGGACGACCAUGUUAUUGCGCUUGACGCUCCACUUGACGCAUCCGCUCUAGUGAUAGAAUGGGCAGAGAAGACUCUCGGAAAGCCCGUGAAGCAGGUCUGGCCUACGCACCACCACCACGACCACUCUUACGGCGUGAGUACCUAUGCUCAAGCAGGUGCCGAGGUCGUCGUCGUAGACUUUGCGCAAGAGUACUACGCCAAGGUUCCAGGCAUCAAGUUUGACACUUACAGCCUUGGUAAGCCCUACGUCGCUGAAACCAAGACCUUCAGAGCCACCAUGAUCCACAUUGAGGGCGCCAUGCACGCUGUAGACCAUAGCUUCAUGAUCAUCACGCCUCCUUGCCCAACUCUCAACAGCACUACUCUCAUCUUCGACGCCGACCACCUCGUCAACGUUGACCUACUCCCCACCGCCAAUGAGGCCGGCCAGCUCGAGCAAUUCCUCCAGGAGCUGGCAAAACACAAGGUAGCCAAGAACGCAUUCCUCGUACCUGUGCACGGGUCAAUGUCAAACAUGACUGCCCUUUAUGACGCACAGGGUUACAGAUACCCCAACUUCACCCCCCUGGACUUUGUUUACAAGAAGAAGGAAUGCUCCGCAUAA